UUGUUUUUGGAAGCCAAAAAAGUAAAAUGCAUUUCUGUCCAGUCUACAUUUAUGCCUUUGUAUUAUUCAAAACGAUUUUGGCCCUGAGUGGCGAUGGUCGUAAUGAAAUCACAGUGGGUGCCAUUUUCUAUGAAAAUGAAAAGGAAAUCGAACUCAGUUUCGAUCAGGCAUUUCGUGAGGUCAAUAAUUUGAAAUUCGCGGAACUGCGUUUUGUCACUAUCAAGCGAUAUAUGCCAUCGAAUGAUAGUUUCCUGCUACAACAGAUUACUUGUGAACUGAUUUCCAAUGGCGUUGCGGCUAUUUUCGGACCAAGUUCAAAGGCAGCUAGUGAUAUUGUGGCGCAAAUUGCAAACACGACCGGCAUUCCACAUAUAGAAUACGAUCUGAAACUGGAGGCUACGCGUCAGGAGCAUUUAAAUCAUCAGAUGUCUGUGAAUGUGGCACCCACCUUGUCCGUUCUAUCGCGUGCCUACUUUGAGAUCAUCAAAACGAACUAUGAAUGGCGCACCUUUACACUCAUCUACGAAACGCCAGAGGGUCUAGCACGCCUACAAGAUCUUAUGAACAUUCAUGCUCUUAACAGCGACUACGUAAAGCUCAGAAAUCUGGCAGACUAUGCAGGGGACUAUCGAGUCUUAUGGAAAGAGGCAGAUGAGACCUUCCAUGAACAUCGCAUCAUAUUGGAUUGUGAGCCGGGAACAUUGAAGGAAUUACUCAAGAUCUCUGUGGAUUUCAAGUUACAGGGACCCUUUAGGAACUGGUUCCUCACACAUCUGAAUACGCAUAGUUCUGGAUUAAAGGAUAUUUAUAAUGAAGAUUUCAAGGCAAAUAUCACAUCAGUGCGUUUGAAAAUCGUGGAUCCCAAUCCCUUUGAGAGGAAAAAGACCCGCAUUAGCAGAGUGGAUCAAAUACUAGGAAACCAAACGAUGCUACCCAUACUCAUCUACGAUGCUGUUGUGCUGUUUGCCAAUUCGGCCAGGAAUAUUAUAGCUGCCAUGCAGCCCUAUCAUCCACCAAAUAGACACUGUGGCAGUCCAAAUCCUUGGAUGCUGGGACCCUUUAUAGUCAAUGAAAUGAAAACAAUAUCGGAGGAUGAUGUGGAGCCGCAUUUCAAGACGGAAAACAUGAAACUAGAUGAAAACGGACAGCGUACACAGUUCAAUCUGGAGAUCUACAAGCCCACUGUGAACGAGCCUUUGAUGAUCUGGACACCGGAUAAUGGGAUAAAGAGGCGUCACAUUAGUCUGGAUCUAGGGGACUCGGGUUCCACACAGGAUUUCUCGGUGCAAAGGAAGGUCUACACUGUUGUCACGCACUAUGAAGAGCCAUAUUUUAUGAUGAAGGAAGAUCAUGAGAACUUCAGAGGUCGCGAAAAAUACGAAGGCUAUGCUGUGGAUCUCAUCAGUAAAUUGUCAGAGCUUUUGGAAUUUGAUUAUGAGUUUAUGAUUGUCAAUGGCAAUGGCAAAUACAAUUCAGAGACCAAGCAAUGGGAUGGCAUUAUAAGAAAACUAAUAGAUCACCAUGCCCAAAUAGGAGUCUGCGACCUGACCAUCACCCAACUUCGACGCUCUGUAGUGGACUUUACGGUUCCCUUUAUGCAGUUGGGGAUCAGUAUACUGCACUACAAGAGUCCUCCAGAGCCAAAGAACCAAUUUGCCUUCCUAGAACCCUUUGCUGUGGAGGUCUGGAUCUACAUGAUCUUUGCACAGCUGGUGAUGACUUUGGCUUUUGUGUUGAUAGCCAGACUUUCCUAUCGCGAAUGGUUGCCACCAAAUCCGGCCAUCCCGGACCCCGAUGAAUUGGAAAAUAUAUGGAAUGUAAACAACUCCACGUGGCUUAUGGUGGGAUCUAUCAUGCAACAGGGUUGCGAUAUACUCCCCAGAGGCCCUCACAUGCGAAUUCUCACGGGAAUGUGGUGGUUCUUUGCUUUGAUGAUGCUCAGUACCUACACUGCUAAUUUGGCUGCCUUUUUGACCAGUAACAAAUGGCAGAGUACCAUCAAAGAUUUACAGGGUCUCAUUGAACAGGAUGAAGUGAAGUACGGCAGCAUGCGUGGUGGCAGUACUUCGCUGUUCUUUUCGGAAUCGAAUGAGACCGACUAUCAGAGGGCCUGGAAUCAAAUGAAGGACUUUAAUCCAUCGGCAUUCACCACCACCAACAAGGAGGGUGUCGCACGAGUACGAAAGGAAAAGGGCUCCUAUGCUUUUUUGAUGGAGACCACCAGCCUUACCUAUAAUAUUGAAAGGAACUGCGAUUUGACACAGAUUGGCGAACAGAUUGGAGAGAAACAUUAUGGUUUGGCAGUGCCAUUGGGAGCUGACUAUCGCACUAACCUAAGUGUUUCCAUACUUCAAUUGAGCGAGAAGGGUGAGCUCUACAAAAUGAAGAACAAGUGGUGGAAGAACCACAACGUUACCUGCGACACCUUCCAUGAGGUGGACGGGGAUGAGCUAUCGAUUAUCGAGCUGGGCGGUGUAUUCCUUGUACUAGCUGGAGGCGUGCUCACUGGCGUGAUUUUGGGCAUAUUUGAGUUCCUCUGGAAUGUCCAGCAUGUGGCUGUUGAGGAACGUGUCACACCCUGGCAGGCACUGAAAGCGGAACUCAUCUUUGCCCUCAAAUUUUGGGUGCCCAAGAAACCCCUAAGAAUAUCCGGUAGCAGCGAGAAAUCCUCCUCUCGUAGAUCAUCUGGCUCUAAGAAGAGUCGCAGCAAGACGGGCAGUUAGGAAAACAAAAACAUAAACUGUGUAAUAACAUUUAAAGUUGAAUUAAAAUUAUUUCUUGAACGUGAAACUGAA